GGAAGUGCCACCAGGAGUUUUGCUGUGCCCGCCAGCGUGGGAACGGGACCGAGGAUGUCUGCGCUGUGGGGUUUUCUCCUCCUCUGCAGCCUGCUGACCCCUUCGCAAGGACGUGGAAUCGUGGCCUCCGCUGCCAAAGCAGAUGCAGAUGAUGCUAAACAUUUAUUAGCCAAACGUGACCUCCAGAAGCUUCGAGGUGGCCUCCUAGAAAAAGAUAUUCCUCUUGGAGGUCGACUGGGCAAAAAUGGCGCUGUUGGCGGUCUCCUUGGGAGAGAUGGUGCUGUUGGUGGUCUCCCUGGAGGAGAUGGUCUUCUUGGCGGUCUCCUAGGUAGAAAUGGUCUUCUUGAUGGUCUCCUUGGUGGAGAUGGUGUCCUUGGUGGUCUCCUAGGAAGAGAUGGCGUCCUUCAUUGUCUCCUUGGCAGACAUGGUCUCCUUGGUGGUCUCCUUGGCAGUCUCCUUGGCAAAGAUGGUGCUGUUGGCAGUCUCCUGGGGAAAGAUGGUGUUGUUGAUGGUCUUGCUGGCGGUCUCCUCGGUGGAGAUGGUCUUGUUGGCGGUCUCCUUGGCAGAGAUGGCCUCCUUCAUGCUCUCCUUGGCAAAGAUGGUCUUGUUGAUGAUCUCCUUGAUGCUGUCCUUGAUAUUCUCCUUGGCAAAGAUGGGGUCCUUGGCAAAGAUGGGCUCGUUGGCAAUCUUCUCGGUGGAAAUGGUGGAGAUCUCCCAGGGCUGAAAAUUGUGAACAACACCGUCCCCAAAAUACGUCUGCGCUCCCUGCCAGGCUUUGGGCACGAGGUGGGCUUAAACACCCAGCUGCUGGUUGAGAGCACGAGCGCGCGGGGCAGGGUGCUCUGCCUGCAGGUGGAAGCAGAUGUGGUCAUGCUGGUCCAGGGCAAGGGGGCGGCUCGCCAGAACAGUGAGGACUGCAAGACUUUGGGCAUAGACAUCCGCGUGAGACCCAACGUGCCCCUUCUGGAUCAGCCGCUGAAACGCUUCCUGAGCGACGCCCUGCGGGAGCUGGGGUGCGACAUCGCCAACAACAGGCUCAAGGCGGUGAGGGCUCUGCUCGGCCUCGGGACCCCGGCGCUCCCGCUGGGGGCUCUGGGAGAUCUGCCCCCCUUCUCCAUCAUCGGUGGCAACGCGAUCCAGCUGGAUCUCAACGUGAGUGCCUCCACGUCCCAGCCCAAGCCCCUCGGCCUCGCUGAGCUGGGGCCGUUCCUCCAAGCCCUGCCCACGUCCGUCCCCCGCAGCUCUUCGCUGGGGACACCUGCGCUGCGCGUGGCCAACCCGCCGGUGGUGGCCCUGAGGGGCAGAAGAGCCACCGCCACCCUCCAAGCCUCCAUCGACAUCCUCAGCCCCGUCCUGCAGUCCUCCCAGGAGCCCCUCCUCUCCCUCGAGGCG